GAGUGAGAGCGAGUGGCAUAGCUGAUGGAACUUGCACACACACGCACAGAGCAUGAUCCUGAUCUUGCUGAAAAGCGUUGCUGGGAAAUAAAAGUGAGCCCGGAGCUCUGCUGAAAUUCCACCUGCCUCCUGAGUCUUCCUCCGCACCCAUACACACCAGAUUCUACAGUGGUCUUGAAACCCAGGAUCAAGGAGGACUCAGAUGCUUCCAUGGAAGCCUCUCCAUUCAGCGACAUCAUAAAGUCCCUCGCCAGAAGCUGCUGCAGCCCUCCACUUCUCCAGCUGUGUCCCCUGCCAUCGUCCAACAAAGGAUGCUCACCAAGAUGGCCUCCACUGAUGAUCCGGAGGCCUUCACUGAGCUUUUCACUGAUCUCGUGGCAGUGGAGGAUGAAUGGGCUCACCAUCUCCUCUCCUUGCUAUUGGGGAAGCCCAGCUUGCUGGCAAGCAGCUGUUGCCAAGGACACAGCCGGAGUAUCUGAGUGUCAAGUGGGCGGUCCUACAGCACGCCAACCAGACACCAGAAGAGCACUGCUGACGCUUUCAGUUGCUGCAGCUAACCGACGUUGGCUAACCCUUUGCCUACGCGCAGCAGCUGAAGGACUCCUGUCGUCGGUGGUUGCAGUCCACCAAAGCCUGACUCAAGGCAAGGCAUUGGGAAAUCCCCUUUUUACUGUGAAGCAGACUGAUGAGUUGGGCAGAGGGCUAGGGGCCAUUUUGUCCCACGUGGUGAAGGGACAGGAGUGCCCCAUGCAGUACAUCAGCUGGAAACUCUUGGUAAGAGAGAGUAAGUACAGAAUGAUAGAGAAGGAGUGUCUGGCCAUCAAGUGGGUGCUCCUCAAGCUCUCAUAUUAUCUACUGUGGCACCCCUUUACCCUCUGUUCCUAUCAUGCCUUGCUCCAAUUGCUCGACCGUAAUGCCAACGAGUGGCUACAGACCAGACCGGUCCCAGACCUUAGUCUGGUAGUCGGGGUAUGAGGCAGCGGUCGAGCGUCAGCUGCAGACAGGGUUGAACAGGUAAUACAUGAUGAUUCUCACUUAUGUCUUAUUACUGCCAGCCUACAUAUAUGUGUGUCUUUGUGCUUUUAGUGACUGCCGUGAGCCAGAGAGAGAGAGAGAGAGAGAGAGAGAUAGUGGCAGAGCUGGCAGAGCUUGCAACACAUACACACACACAUUCACACCCACACACAUAAUCUUUGAACAAGGAAAAAGCCUCAUGUUAGUGACAGCCCCUUUUGGGUUGCAUUUACAUUAGCUUGUUUUUUUUUUUUUUUUUUUCAGUUUUUGCAAGUGUGCUGAAAAGUGCUGCUGAGAAAUAAAAGUGAGCCUGGACCUCUGCCUGAACUAACUGUUGUAUAAUGGUGUUUACAUCAAUUACUAUGUCAUACAGUGACUUUGUGACUUUGUCUCAACAUGUGCGUACACGUGUGUACAUGUGCAUUAAAACAUAUCCAGGCAAUUUCAUCAUCCCUGUUAU